AUGAACAGGGCAUUGAAGUUUCUACCAGGUCUGUCCGAAGAUUUAACACUACAGAAGAUCAAGGACAAAGUUCUCAAUAUUGAAGAUGUAUGCAUUUGUUGUUUGAAAGCUAAUGAAGUGAAGUUUCAGCAUCCUCUUUUCAGAGGUGGUAUGUGUGUGCCUUGUAAAAAAAAAUUUGAAGAAAUAAUAUUUGCUUAUGGUACUGAUGGCAAAAAUAUUAUUCAAGCCUCACCUUGGUUUUGUUUCCAUUGUUCUUCCUCACAAUAUGCAGAUAGUCUUCUAGAAAUAAGAAACGAAUGGGAGACUAAUGUUUUAUCGUUUUAUCAAACAAAUGUUUUGGAUAAGUCAUCAUUCUCAGAAUACAGCAAACAGUUUCCACUGAAAGUUCUAUCUUUGUUUGAUGGCAUUAGCACGGGCAAACUCAUAUUGGAUCUUCUUGGGAUAAAGGUUGAUAAAUAUUAUGCUUGUGAAAUUGAUGAAGAUGCUGUACAUGUUUCAAAAUGUCAACAUAUUGACAGUAUAAUUCAUCUAGGAGAUGUUUGUCAUCUGACAGAAAAGGAGAUUAAAAAUCUUUGCCCAAUUGACUUAGUAAUUGGUGGUUCUCCAUGCAAUGAUUUAUCUCUUGUCAACCCAUUUAGGAAAGGUCUUUAUGAUUUUACAGGGACCGGAAUUCUCUUUUUUGAAUUCUUUCGCAUUUUGAACACAGUUAGAAGAUGCAACGAAGGGAACCAUGUUUUCUUUUUAUUUGAAAAUGUUGCUCCUCUGAUUCAAGAAGAUAAAGCUGUAAUAACAAGUUUUUUAAUGGUGGAACCAGUUCUUAUUGAUGCCAUAUAUAUAUCUCCUCAAAGAAGGUUGCGAAAUUAUUGGGGAAAUAUUCCUGGAAUGAAAGGACUUGAGAGUUUUUGGAAUGAACUACAAGAUGAAAACUCAGUUAACUUUAACUCACUGGAUGAAAGCCUGCUAAAUGAAUCACUCUUAACUAAUCUUGGAAGGAGAGCUAUGGUUGAUAAAAUCAAUACUGUAACUACUCAUGGUAAUUCUAUGAUUCAAGAACAGUCAACUCUCAUGCCAGUUGAAAUGAAUGGAGAAUGUGAUGUGAUAUGGGUUACAGAGCUUGAAAGAAUCUUUGGAUUUCCUCUUCAUUAUACAGAUACUGGUAAUCUGAGCAUUACAACAAGGAGAGAGCUUUUAGGGCGAUCAUGGAGUGUACCAGUGAUUAAAAAUAUUCUUCGACCACUCAGACAUUUUUUUCAAUGCAAAAAAAGCUUUUAUAUGUAAUAUUAUUUUGAAUCGAAUAUCUCUAAUAUUUUUCUAAGAAUUUGCUAUUUUUUAAGCAGUUUAUGCUUUGAAACUUAAUUUUGUUUGUAGUUAUGCAGCUUUUUUUUUAUGUGGAAACAUUCCCCUAUAUUUUCUCAACUAUUUUUUUAAAUGUCAGAGGUGAUUAAAGUCCAGUUGUACACUGGAACUCUGGUAUUUUCUGGGUUGUAUGCUGGAACUCUGGAAUUACAGUAUUUCAGAACAAGUAAUCUGGUUUUUCCAGUAAGAGCUUUCAAAAUUUAUCCAGACAUUGUCAAAUAUUCCGCUUUUGCAUCUCAAUUUGUUCAUUCGU